GUCCAUCAGUGUGAUGUAGAGCUUUGAACGAGAAACACGACCCCCGACACGACACGCGGACCUAGCUCGAAUUCCGGCAGGGACCACCCUAACUGCGCCCUAAGACGCCUAGCCUCAAACGGAGGAGGGACGAAAAAGGACUUUGGUCUAGCACCGGCGCGCCAGUUUUCCGAGGAAAUCGAUUAUUUUUGACGUGCGCGCGUGUGUCAUUGUGUGUGUGUUCGUCUGCGGGACAGAAUUUUCCCUUUUUCUGAAAAUUUUCCCAAUUUUUCAUCCUCUGUCGCAGCCCACCGGAGGCUGCAGUUUUUCGUCUCGCUCUCUCUCUCUCUCGGGCUCACUCUGGUGUCAUCAAUUAUUUGCAAGUGAUAGAAGAUAAUUCGUCGCCAGGAGAGAAGAAGAGAGCACUCAAAAGAGUGUGUGUGUUUUUGGGGAAAAUUCAAACGACAUCGCAAGGAAAAUAAGUAACGAAAUCAAAAAAAUCGAUCAACCGUACAAGAAUGUGGAGAAGAGCAAAAGAAUGAUGGCAGUGAGGAGUGCAUAAGAGCCAAAGAAGCAAAAAAGAAGCUGAACCAGACGAAAUUUCUCUGUGAUUUUUAGUUUAAAAAUACGAAUAAUUCAAGUAGCAAAAGAAAGCGACACAUACAGUGACAAAAUAAGCAGAAGUUCACACAUUCAAAAAACCAAAAACCAACACCUAAGGUUUCGCUGUGUCGCAGCAUCCAAAAAAUCUCAAAAAGUCGCCAAAACCAACCACACAGAAAAAAAUGACAACCACGACGACCGGACCGGCGUCGGCGGCGGUGACCAGCAGCGCCCAAAACACCCAACGGAUGGGCUCCAUCGUCCUCAAGAGCCUCUCCAUUCUGCUAGGGUUGUUCUUCAUCUUUAUCGGGCUCAUGAAACUGACGCCCCACAUCAGCAAGGAACUGCACCGGGAUCUGCGCAAAAACUACGUCAAAUACGCGAAGGUGUUCCCGUGUUCGACGCUGUUCGACUUCAAGCUGCCCUCCAAGUGGUACCGCCGGUCCGUCGGCGGCCUGGAGGUGCUGUGUGGCCUCGCGAUGGUACUCAUUCCCAGUCAUAAAGUGAAAAACGUGGCCAACGUGACGCUGCUGAUGCUGAUGUUCCUGGCCGUCUACUCGCACUACAUGGUGAGCGAUCCGUUCGAGCGGUGCGGUCCGGCCCUGGUGUUCACCUUCAUGCUCAUCGGCCGGCUAGUGAUAUGGUAUCAGUCCAGCAGACGGGAGGCGCAACUCGCCAGCGACAAAGCCACCAACAAUGGCCUCAAGCAGGAAUAAGCGGUCCGGCGUUCGCAAUCUCUGAUCUCAUCAAUAAAUAACAAGCAGCCGAGCGGAAAAUAGAACAUUGCAGUACCCAGCAGGAUAACGAGCCCAAACUGGAACUCCUCGUCGAACAGCGGCAUGCGGCACCCACAUGUGAAGAAGAACAAGUUGAAGAAAAUGAACAAACUCGCGGUUGAUGUUUCUCGUGUUCACAAACCUACACUGGUACACACACUUACACA